AUGCCAGAGCCAAUGGACAAAUCACUAAAAGAAAAAUUCGGAGUAACAGUCAUGGAGUUGACAGAAAAGCUCAACGAUCCAACCAAAUAUAACGACACACUCAAGAAGAUAUGCACACUGCAGUCUAUAGAAAAUCUCUGCUAUCUUCUUCACCACCUUAGAUCCUUUGUCGGAGCACAUCCAUUUAACAUUAACAUAUUUAAGGAAGGGAUAAACGCCUCCUGGGAAGACCAAAACAACGUCUCUGGAUGCAGCUGGAGUGUUCAAUGCAAGCCCGAGUAUUCAAACGCCCUCUUUGAGAGACUCACAGUCUACUUUACGAUGAGGGGAUUUAGGAACUUUAAAUGCAAUGGAAUAUCAGCAAAUAUAAGAAAAAAUUUUGUAAAGUUUACAGUUUGGUCAGGAAAUGUGCCCUCAGUUGCAGACGGCUCGGAUGUGCUGGAUGAGAUCGGAGAGGCCUUUGGAUUUGGGACUCCUGUGGAGUUUAUCUACAAAAACCACAGAGAUCUCGUUGAAAAAGUUGUUGGAAGCAGUUCCACGAAUGAGAGAGAAUGA